GUCAUGACGUAGCAUUGUAUACAUGCAACAUGGUCGAUUGUGGGAAUAUACGAUGCGUUCAAGAGAGAAAGUCUUUCAAGAAAGAAUUGUUGUCUUGGAGUAAAAAAGUUCCCAUCGCAGUCGGUCUAGAAAGAAUUGCAGAAGAAUUGGGAGGCCAGACUCAUAUCAAGGAGUUGUUAUUGCCAUUUAAUGACUUGGAAACUAAUGAAAUAGAGGACUGGGAUCCGGACAGAAAAUGUUCAUUCUGUGAAAGCAGGGUACAACUUGUCUUUGAAGCCGUAGAACAACUUAUUGAUGAGGCAAAAAAUGGAAAAGGGGUCCAGGACAAUGCAAGUAUGCGGUAUCUGCAAGAGAUAUUACCGUACUGUCCCCAGUUUUACACCCAGAACAUGGGACGAGAACUUCUGGCAGAGUUAAAAUCAUCAGCACAGAAUGUAGAGAACACAGAACCAGACACCAAUGUGCCACAGCAGCCAUCACUGGUAGAGCUAAAGAUCCCGCAUGUGGUGACACAAGCAAGCAAACACAAGAAAGAAAACAUUCCUAACUGUAAGAAGAACUACACCGAUGAUGAACUUACAGAGGCUGUAUCUGAGAUACAAAAUGGCAAAUUAGGAACUAGACGGGCCUCUGCUCUCUACGGGAUUCCUCGCUCAACGCUCCGUAAUAAAAUAUUCAAAAUGGAUGCAGACAAACUGACAUUAUUACAUGAGGAUGCUUUGGAUGAUGAAGAUAGCCAGGAGUCUGGUAUAAAAUGGUCAGAGCUUAUACAAGGCAAUAUUUUACCCUUGGCUCUCCCUCAGCUUCCUCCACCCACAUGUGAUUUGAACGAGGUCAAGAAAAGUGAGACAGAUGAUAAUACUGAAAGGAAAUUAGACAACAUCCGUAAAAAACAUAAUCUGUCAGGGAGAGAAGAACUGUAUUAUGAGAUGUAUGAACAUGAAUUAAAAAUGCCCAUUUUGAAAGAUAUUAUACGCAAACUAGCUGAGGAAAGAUUAGAAAUGGAGAGAAAUGCCUCUAGGGUGAGAGAUUUGAGGCAUGAUGAGAUCAAACUUGAAGGAUUAAGUAGCAUCAAGCGGCCUUCAUCUGGGAGGACUGACGAAGGAUCAGAACCUCCCACACCAACUUUCCAUGAUAUCAUCAUUCCGUCCUACAAGUCAACUAGGAGUCCGAUCAAGCAGGAACAUGCCUUCACUAGUUCACUUGACAAGUUGGAAAACUCUUCUAUUGGUGAUACAUUGAAAGAAAUUAUUAUGAAAACAAUAAGUGAAAAAGUAAAAUGUAAGUCCCACCAAGUAGGCGACUUAGGUCAUGGUGACCUAGUUUUACGAAAGAGCCAUCAUCAGACAUCAUUCCAGCCAAACGGUGCCUCUCCUGCCAAGCAAAUAAAGAAAGAAGAUAAUGACAAGAAGAAGGGACUGGGGGAUUCUACAGGAACUCCUGCCAAAAAGACGCGCCCAAAAAGAGGCCAGUACCGUAAGUAUAACAGCCAGCUGCUUAUGGAAGCAGUGAAGGCUGUACAGCGAGGGGAGAUGAGUGUGCACCGUGCAGGGAGCUACUAUGGUGUGCCACACUCCACUCUGGAAUACAAGGUGAAAGAACGACACCUUUUGCGUCAGAAGAAGAUCAAGGAGCAACAACAGCAGAAGGAAGCAGCGUCCGCGACAGCAGCAACCACCACGAAGAAGACCUCUGCCUCUACGGAUGUGGGAGUCACUGGUAGCUCCAAUAGUAGAGGGGGUGGACAGGGCAGCAAAGCAACUCACAGCAAGGGGGAAGUGUCAAAAAAACAUGAAACUCCAGAAAAAUCAGAAGGAAGCUGUCCAACUUGGUACACUUCAUAUUUAGUGGGUGCCUCUCACUUGGAUGCCUCCCCUGGGCUGGGAUUCCCCUCAGGAUUUGCCUUAAACACGCCCGCCUCAGAGUUGCUGCGUAAGCUUCAACACAAAGUUCAGAGCAAGUCAGAUACUUAUCCUGAGGAUAGUAAUUACAGUAAGAGAGGGGUUGGAGCUCUAGGGGAAGGCUUCUUCUUUAUCAAUUAAGCAGAUUUGUUCAGAUCCUGCUAAUCCUCUCCUUGAACUUGUCUUUUCCAGUUGUCGCAAGCACCAAAAUCAAUGAUGGAGUGCUUUUCUAGUCAGUUUUUAUCAUGAAUUAUCUUAGCAUUGAUCCUGAUCUCUCUCCAGGAGCAGUGUGAAAUCAGUAGUCUGAUAUCAUUUCAUCAGGUGAUAUAAUAGAUUAUGAGAUACAUGAUUUGUUACAAUUUUUGACUUAAGGUUACUUGGAAAGUACAGAACACCGAAAUAUAUGUAGAACAAGGUUCUACUGCUGUAAAUUAAUGAGCUUCAAAAACAAGUCGGCCAUAUUAACAUCAGUGAUCCUUGUUCUGUUCAUCAUAGCUGAUUUUUUAGUACUGCAGAUCACAGUGAGAGACUAACAGAAUUUAACAUGGGUCUGUUCCCUUGACAAGCCUAGUGCUGGCCAGCCAAACUCUUAUACGAGGAUUGAGAUUUUCUUGUUGGCGGAACAGACCCAUGUUUGAUCGUUUUUCUCACAUACUUGCAAGCAAAUGUAAUUAAGCUUUCCUGAAAGAUUUUUAUUGCGCCAUCUACAAUGCUCCUUGGGAUGUGCAUCAAAAUUAAUGACGUCAUCAUUUAAGACAUGGUUACUCAACGUUAAAUGAUGACUUUAUGUUAUUGUGAGCAGCAUCAUAUAGCACGUGCCGGCUGUCUUUAACCCCCUGUGGGAGAUUAAUUUAUUUUUUCCCUAGCAACCACGAGGUAACCCUGUGAAGUAUGUGAGAAGAUAAAAUCUUGUAUGUAGUUAUGACAUUAACUGGAGUACUGCAUCACCUAAAUCAUUACAGAGUCAUAUCAAUAUGAAUUUUUUUUUUUUGUUACGAUGAAAUGAUAUCAAGGUUGCCGACAUUCACACUCCUUAAUUAUCAAUAAGGAAGUGACUGACUGGUAAAGACAUGUCCAAUCACCUGUCUACAGGAAUAUCAGCCUUCAGCUGUAUAUGUGUACCUUGCCUAUCAAUGCUCAAAGAUUUAAAUUAUUAAAUAUUAAUACAGAGAUAUGUUUUAGCAUCUCUUUAGGAUGCUAGGCAUUCAUAACUGUUGAAAAUGUUCUAGUAGCAGCAGGUAGGUUUGUGUUCUUAAUAAAAACUAUUUUAUGAAAUUAUCAUUUAUGGGAGUUUAACUAUUUUAUGAAAUUAUCAUUUAUGGGAGUUUGUUUAUUGGUUAUUUUGGUAUGUAGCACAGUUUACAGAGAAAUUACAUUGUGUGUGAUUUCUGCUGUAUUGAUUUAAUUUAUAAUGAUUAUGGUCCCUUUCUGUUAGUAACAUGUACAACAAAGUGGAAUGUAGUUUAAAUAUUGUUCUUUGUAACAAGACAUAAAAGUUGAAUACAGCUCUGUGAAAUAAUAUAUAUAUAUAUAUAAUACAUAAAAGUUGAAUACAGCUCUGUGUAACAAGACAUCAAAGUUGAAUACUGUUCUGUGUAAUAAUAUAUAUAUAUAUAUAAUACAUAAACGUUGAAUACACUUCUGUGUAACAAGACAUCAAAGUUGAAUACUGUUCUGUGUAACAAGACAUCAAAGUUGAAUACUGUUCUGUGUAACAAGACAUCAAAGUUGAAUACUGUUCUGUUUAACAAUACAUCAAAGUUGAAUACAGCUCUGUAACAAUGCAUCAAAGUUGAAUACAGCUCUGUGUGACAGAACAUCAAUGUUGAAUACUGUUUUGUGUAACAGUACAGCGAUGUUGAAUACAGCUCUGUGUAACAGUACAGCUAUGUUGAAUACAGCUCUGUGUAACAGUACAGCGAUGUUGAAUACAGCUCUGUAACAGUACAGCGAUGUUGAAUACAACUCUGUGUAACAGUACAGCGAUGUUGAAUACUGUUCUGUGCAACGGUACAGCGAUGUGGAAUGUAAUACAUGUACAACAAAGUUCUGUGUAAUUAUUGUACCAAAAAAUAAACAUUGCGAUCUAGAUGUUCAAAUCAUCUGAUAGACAAUUAAUGUGGUCAGAAAUAUCUGGUUAUCACUGCAACAUUGAAACAUUUUAGGGAUGUUUGACUUGUAGCAGUGGUAACAGCUGUCAAUAUUUCUUGCUAUUCAGGCAAAUUUGUUUAAGGCCAGAUAACCAGGACACAAGUAAUCAAAAAAAAAAUUAUCUCGCUUCGUCAUUUGUGUUACUAUGUAAUAUAUCCAAUUAUUAACACAAUGUAUCAUAUACACUAUGUGUUGUUGAUCCGAAGGUUAAAGAUAUGGAUUUCCACUCAUAAUUGUACUGUCUCUAAAAAUAAACACCACAAAAAAUACAACAUGUUAUAUAUACAGUGUACGUGUACAGCACAGCUCUGAACUAUGAUACACAAUACAAAAUUUGUUCUAUGUAUGCGGUACUUACUACAUUGUAUUUGUUGUACAUGGUGUAACACAGUCCUGAUUCCAUACUUUCUGUCCAACAUAUGGUUUACAAGAAAAUUACCGAUAAGACUGCUUUGCCAACAUUUAGAAUGUUAUGAUGUUUUUUUGAAAUAUUUGUUCAGUGUCUCGCUUCAUUAAUGGUUUUUAUUGUGAUAUAAUUGAAUUUUCAUCAGGACAACUAGCAGUAACCAUAUGUGCUACAUAUAUUUUGUAAGGUGGUGUAGGGGAGAUAAUUCCUCCAGUGAUGUUGUUGGGGCAGUGAGUUGGGAUUUCUGCCAGAAAUGUUAGGGAAAUAACACACACACAAAAAUGGAGAGAGGCGAAAGAUUAAGCAAUUUCUUGUUAGAAGAUAUUCCUCCCAACAAUAAUUAUCCUGAAUUGUGUUUUGCGGUUUUUUCAGCACAUGUUAACAGAAAUCCAUGGUUUAUGUGGAUAUAUAUAUUUGUGAUUGUUAUGUAUAUGUGUGUUCAAUUAUUGGACAGAAUGUCUCAUCAUGAAGUAAUGAAUGAUAAUUUUCUGUAUUACAACCCGUUACAAUUGUAAGCUUGUAUUAUUUAUUGAUACAUUUUCAAGAUAUUUUCCUUUGAAGGACAUAAUUGUUACAGACGUCUUAAAUUUAGAUGUUAUACAUUUAUGUAUUUGAUGGAUAUUGUUUUUAUGUUAACGUUUUGUAUAUUAUAAUCUCUAUGAGAUUGUGUGUACAGUAUGUAGAGACAUUUAAGGCACUAUGAUAAGCAGACCAAUAUAUUCCCAUGAGAGUUUGUAUCAGAUACAAAAUUUAUAAUCCGAGAAAUGAACUAAAAUUAUGAAUUAUAAUCUAUUUACAUGUUUUUAAAACAUCUUCGUUAUCAACAUUACUUUUAGUUGACAUUCCGAUUGACAUUGAUUUUUUAAUGUUUUUAUUUAUUAUAUCAUUUUCCUGUGCAAUACUACAUUCUAGUCUCUUAACUGGUUCAUUCUACCUUUAAGUAUUUAUUUCUACUCAAGUAUUUAAUUAUAUUUAAGGAUCUCUAUGUAUUAUGUUUACUUUUAAAUUUGUAAUAGUGCUAAUUGAUAGGAUUUUAAAGUUGCUAUCAAUCUUGACAACUUGAUGUAAUUUUUUGGAAUUGAAAAAUUCAGAGAGUGAUAACAUUUAUUAUAAACAUUUUGCUUAUACUCAUAAAAGGGAACAGUAGUUUUAACAUUUCACCUAAAUUUGCAGGUUUUUUUUUAUUAUUAUUCUUUAUCAACCACACAAACAUUUCAUCAUUCUGUAUAAUACAGCCAUAACAGAUACAAGCAAGUUCAGUGUAAUACAGUCAUGACACAAGCAAGUUCAGUGUAAUACAUAAGACACAAGCAAGUUCAGUGUAAUACAGUCACGGAUACAAGCAAGUUCAUUGUAAUACAGUCACAACACAAGCAAGUUCAGUGUAAUACAGUCACGACACAAGCAAGUUCAUUGUAAUACAGUCAC